AUAAAAGGAUACAGGAACAAGUCCCUGGAUUUCAGGCUCCAACAUCCCCCGUCAAGAUGUGGUACUUCAGACUCUUCGCAGUGCUUAUGAUUUGCCUCUUGUUGCUGGGCCAGGGAGAUGGGUCCCCAGUAUCAGAGCUAAGCUCAUUGAAGAGAAGGCUGAGGAGAAUGACCCCAUUUUGGAGAGGCAUUUCCGUCAGGCCCAUUGGGGCCUCUUGCAGGGAUGAUUUGGAAUGCAUCACAAGACUAUGCAGAAAAAGCCGUUGUUCCUUAAGCGUGGCUCAGGAAUGAUGCUCACACCAGAGGGAAAGUGGACAGCUCUCGCCUACAAUGCUCCAUUCUAUGGAAUAUUGAGACUAACUGAAUUUUGACUGGAGAUACUUAAAAGUGAAACAAUCUUUGUUUUUAAUAUUUAAAGAUAGCACAUCUGUGUCUUCUUAGAAUGUUGCCAUGUAGAUAAGCCUAACUAAAUUUAUCAAUUUAUUUUUCUAUGUAUACUAUUAAAUAUCUCAAGGUGAAA